UCGACGGAAGUCUCGCAAGAGCUGCCGCCGCUGCCGCCGCUCACGGCGCGUCCCUGGAGGCGGCCUGGAGCAGGCGAAAAGGAAAGAGCGAGCGAGCGAGCGCCGCGCGUCUACUCGGGAAGAGGGAGAGCUGCCUUCUCCAAAAGCGGGAGACGGCGCUUUCCGAGCCCCGGGAACGCCGGCAGCAGCUGUCGCCGCGCCGCCUCAGCAUGGCAGAAGGAGCCCGUUCCCUGCUGGGAGACAGCCGCGGCUCUAGCCCCGCUUCCAGCCCGCAGAUGGGCAGAGGCGGCAAGAGCCGCUCGCUGCCCACGCCGCCGCCGUCCUCGACUCCGCUGCUGCAGCAGCACCACCAAACGCCGCCCGCCUCUCCCAAGCAGCCGCCCCCGCCGCCGGCUCGAGGGAGCGCGCCCGGGCACUGCUUCAGGAGGGUCACCCUCACCAAGCCCACCUUCUGCCACUAUUGCACCGACUUCAUCUGGGGGUUGGCGGGGUACCUCUGCGAAGUUUGUAACUUUAUGUCUCAUGAGAAGUGCCUGAAGUAUGUGAAGAUACCAUGCUCAUCUAUUGCUCCACAUCUUGUAAGGGUUCCAGUUGCACAUUGUUUAGGACCUCUAGGACAUUACAAGAGAAAAUUCUGUUCUGUGUGCAGAAAGCAAUUGGAAAGUCCCGCAUUUCGCUGUGAAGUGUGUGAGCUACAUGUACACACAGACUGUGCCCCAUUUGCUUCCAGCGACUGCCGUCAGUGCCAUCAAGACGGUCAUCAAAAUCAUGAUAUGUACCAUCAUCACUGGAGGGAGGGAAACCUUCCAACAGGCUCACGUUGCAAAGUCUGUAAGAAAACCUGUGGCUCUUCUGAAGUGCUCUCGGGUAUGAGAUGUGAAUGGUGUGGCAUCCUGGCUCAUGCUGCUUGCUAUGUGAUUGUGCCUCCAGAAUGUACUUUUGGAAGAUUAAGGAACAUGAUUCUUCCCCCCAAUUGUGUGCGAUUAUUUUCUCGGAACUUCAGUAAAAUGCACUGUUUUCGAAUAUCUGAAAGCAUACAAGCAGAGCCAGAUGAUGAUGAUGAUGGUGAUAGUUCAACACAAUUAUCACUGAAAGAAUCCCAGGUUUCAGCAGAUUCAAGUAAACAAACAUUAAAACUAUAUGAUGGGAAUGAUGCAGUAAAACGUAAUCAGUAUCGGCUUAUUAUAGUUCCGAGGAUUGCAAAAAAUGAAGAAGUUGUGGAGGCUGCACUGAGGGCAUACUACAUCAGUGAUGAUCAACAAGAUUACGAACUUCAGACAUUCACUCAGCAGGCCUUGUUUUGUGAUGACAUCAUUAAUAGGAACGAUACCACUGAAGAGGCGCAGCCUGGGUCUGUAUUCCGAGAAGCAGUUCCUGAGGCUUGGGUUAUCAGAGCUAAACCUAAAGAGAAUGAAGUCAUAAAGAUUUAUCCUGGCUGGCUGAAAGUUGGAGUGGCCUGUGUCUCAAUACGCAUAAAUAAGGGAAGCACCACGGAAAUGGUGAUUAAAGAAGUUCUCCCACUACUUGGAUACCAGUUGGAUUGCUUCCAAAGCUUCAAAUUGGUGGAGGUCCUGAUGGGCUCUAAACAAGUUCAGCGAAUGGUGCUGGAUGAUCAUGAAUCAAUUAUCAGCAGAUUGCAAGAAAUCCGAAAGACAUCAUUACGUCAGAUGAACCAAACAAGAUUUUACAUUGUAGAAAACAAUAUAUCAACUGUGUGUGUCCAUCUGUUUGUUGGUGGUCUACCACUUCAUCUUCCUCCAGAGGAAUACACAAAAAUCCUCAAAGAUGAAUUAGCCAUCAAAACAAAUUUAGUUUCUGUGAGUCACGUAUAUUCAUCUCAAGGUGCUGUUGUACUAGAAAUUGCUUGUUUCUCUGAAGCUGAAAGACUGUAUAUGUUAGCUAAAGACACUUCUGUCAAUGACAAGGCAUUAACUGCAGUUAUUCUCCCUGAAGUUCUGCAAAAUAAGCUUCCUCAGAACUGCUGUCCUUUGCUUGUAUUUGUGAAUCCCAAAAGUGGAGGUCUUAAAGGACGGGAUUUACUGUACAGUUUUCGAAAACUGUUGAAUCCUCAUCAGAUCUUUGAACUAACAAAUGGAGGUCCGCUGCCUGGAUUUCAUACAUUCUCUCAAGUUCCAUAUUUCCGAAUACUGGUAUGCGGUGGUGAUGGCACGGUAGGAUGGGUCCUUGGUGCCCUAGAAGAGAUCAGGCACAAGCUCAUCUGCUCUGAACCAUCUGUGGCUAUUCUACCUUUAGGAACAGGUAAUGACUUGGGGAGGGUCCUGCGCUGGGGUGCUGGCUAUAGUGGCGAAGAUCCGUACUCCAUUCUGAUAUCUGUAGAUGAAGCUGAUGAUGUGCUUAUGGAUCGCUGGACCAUCCUUUUAGAUGCUCAAGAGGCAAUGGAAAGCUCAGAAAAUGGUAUAUUAGAGCCGGAACCUCCUAAGAUUGUACAGAUGAAUAACUAUUGUGGCCUUGGAAUCGAUGCAGAGCUGAGUCUAGGCUUCCAUCAUGCUAGGGAAGAAGAGCCAGACAAAUUCAAUAGCAGGCUGCACAACAAAGGAGUCUAUGUAAAAGUUGGACUGCAGAAAAUGAGCCACACCAGGAAUCUUCAUAAAGAAAUCAAACUUCAGGUGGACCAGCAUGAGGUUGAGCUGCCAAGUAUAGAGGGUCUUAUUUUCAUAAAUAUUCCCAGCUGGGGAUCAGGUGCUGAUCUUUGGGGGUCUGAUAAUGACAAUCGGUUUGAGAAGCCAAAAAUUGAUGACGGCUUAUUAGAAGUAGUUGGUGUCACUGGAGUUGUUCACAUGGGUCAAGUUCAAGGUGGCCUCCGUUCUGGCAUACGGAUAGCCCAAGGCUCCUACUUCCGUGUAACACUUCGGAAGCCAAUCCCUGUACAAGUAGAUGGUGAGCCCUGGAUUCAGCCACCAGGUCAGAUAAUUAUUUCUGCAGCAGGACCAAAGGUUCACAUGUUAAAGAAAUCAAAACAAAAACAGAAGAAAACUGCAAAUAUAAAGGAUUCAAGGACUGAGAGCACAUUGGCUGAUGGAGCAGGGCGCUGAUGGGAGAUAUUCGUAGUCCAAAUGCUGCACAACUACUGUAGAUGACACCUGUCUGGCAAAACACUGUUGCACAGUUCAGGUCAUUUAUGAGCCUGUCCUCUUAUUCCACGUUCAUUGUUCAGUAACCAUGUAGCUGACAUACAAUAUGAUUAUACACCACAAGUUGAUCAGAGGAGUUUGCAUUAGGGAGCCCUUUAGAAAAGUAUGUUUUUUCCCUUUUCAACCACUCUCCUGAAGGAUUUAAGCUAGUCCAGCAAACUCCAGAGGAAAAUAAAUAACUUGGGUGAAAACCGAAAAGAACCAGUAAUGUAAUGUUACUGGCUAUUUGUGCAUUAAUCCUUGAAGUAGGAUAGACUUGUGGUGAUGUAAUCCAGGAGCACAGUCCAGAUGCUGCUCUGCCGGGCCAGUUUCACUGCAGCAUUCUUCUGGUCUGCACACAAAGGGAUCCCAUUGCCUGCUCCUCUUCAGCUCUGCAACAUAGAGGUUACUCAUACCUUUGUUGAUCAGUAACUGUGGAAUGCACAGCAGGGCUCUCAGUGAAGAGCUGACAAAGAAAAAGUCCCAUGGAAGGCAGGGGGAGGGAAGACCCUUCCCACAGUGGCUAGCUGUGCCUCUGUUUUGAGUUUUCAUCUGUGCACCACACGCUUUCACUACACUACCACAAGAAACUUUUUGAGAGAAAAGAAAUCUAUAAUUUUGUCUCUUUUUUAUAGUUUACAGAUUUUUUUUAUAAAACCUACAAGCUUCUGGUUUUCUAACGUACUGCAUGUUUGUUUUCUUUUCUCUAAUUCUGGUCUGUAAGUCCGUGUAUCCAAUUUCAUUCUCUAACAUUCUCUAAAAUACCUGAUGCUGAAAUAUGAAACUUGAAUGGGUGCAAGGCACAAUAUAGUAAGUUAAUCUGUUUCAACCUUCAUUUGAUAGAUAUUAAAUGAUAAUACAGAAAAUGAAAUAUACAUUGGUUUAUUCUCAGUUAAAAAUACAUGUAGAUUUAUAGAUUUUGUUCUCUGGGUGUGAGGAUUACACUGAUGGUGCCAAAUGUCCUACCUAGAUAGUUCCUUGUGAUUAAGAGACUGAUUAUCUGUCAGUGCAUAGACAUUUUUUGCUUGUUUUCACAUUAUCACUUCUUAGUGUUUCUUCCCCUAUAAGGACCAUUCAUAGUUUUUGCCAUCCAUGGGCCGUACCCUCCCACCACCAACCCCCAAACGAGUAGAGACUUUUUUUAGAGGCUUACAGAAGAUAAUUUGGGGGUUUGGCUCCUCUGCCCUUUUUUUGCCUUGAUACAUCUGGAAUGAAGUUCAUUUUUGAUGAACUGCAACUUGCCAUUUCUUCGAUAUCUAGACAAGCUGUGAUUGACCACACGAAGGUUUGAAUGCAGUUCUAAAUUACAGUUACUUCUGAAUUUCAGUUAAUCAAAAAACAGUGGUGUACACCUCUAACCUUUUUGUGACCAUACCAAAGUGAAAAAGUGUAUCUCAGAGGAUUAAGUGAUGGAGAAUGUGUGGCUCUCUAAAUAUUGCUGAAGAAGGACUCCUAGUGUCCCUUAUCAUAGGCAUAUUGCCUAGAGUUGUUUAACAACAUCUAGAAGGUGGAGAGUUCUCCACCACUUCUCCAUCAUUAUAUCCAAGUUUAAUAGGGUUGGGUUAAAUUUAAUACUGUUUCGUGUGGCGUAGGAAAAGGAAAAAAAAGAAAAGGGGGCGGGGAGAAUCCUGUUUAUCAGUGUCUAAUCUGUUGGACUUGUACCAUACUAUGGUAAUUAACCCUGAACACCAAAACAGUAGCGGUAGUCAUGGACCUAGUCAGAAUCAUGAUGUGUGAGCAGGUCACAUGCAAGGCUGUCUUUCUCUAUCUGGAAAUAACUUGAUAGGGGUCUUUACAUCUGUACCUGAGAAAUUGUGUGAUUGUGCAAGCCGUGCCCGUUACAAUAACCUUUCCACAUGUAAUGAAUGAGAAUGGAUAAAGCCUUGCUAAGUGGUGAUAGUCUCUUUAAAAAUGGGUAAUUUGCAUUUUAUACACAGCAUCAGAAGAAAAUUAGACAUGGAUGUAGGUAUUGUUUUUCCCAUCCAGCCCUCCUGCCCACACCCCCCUGGCAUUAAUCAUGGCAUGGCUGGCAAAAUCAAGGUAUAUACAGUACAUCUCACUAAUAUUGUAGUCGCUUUCUAGUAAAUGUGCAGUAAACAUGCAGCUCAGAGGAUCUGCAUGAUUUGCUUUAGUUUAAACAGAUGCACUUUCAAAAGCAUUAUGGUUUUGCUGCUGCAAAUAUUGCUGCUGUAUUUUCCUAGGAGAACAGGAGCAUCUGGAAAACAUCUGAAGUGGAUUCACAUAGUGUGUUCUUGUAGAUAAUACUGGUUCAUCCUCACCUUUGUCAACCACGGAUCCAUUUCAGCCCUGUGAUGUGUCUUGCAUCCCUUGUUUAUAUGCAUUUGCAAAGAAUUGUAAAGAAAAGUGAUGUGGUGCAGAAUUCACUAGUGUUCUUUGGCUAGAAGUCUUCAUGCAUCAGUCUUCCAAACAGUGAGAGCAUGUUGCAGUUUACAGUAUUGCUAUCUCCAUGCCACCCAGUGUAACACUGGAGAACAGUGAAUAUUUGAUAAAAGGUGUUCUUAUAAUGCUAUCAAUUGCUUUUCUUUUCUUUUCUCUUCUUUUCAACACAUGACUUUCUGGUUUCUUAGAGGUUUGACUACAAAAUGUUGUAUAGAAAUGAGAAUAUUUGUUUAAAAUGUUUGUGAAGUAAUCCUUUGGAACCAAAUAUGCUUUGUAUUUUUGGGUUCGGAAGUCUUUUAUGACAUCAGAAUCAUAUGUGUGCUUUUCUUUUAUCAAAUCUUAGAACUUGCCCCUAAUUCAAAGAAUGGCAGAAGUCACUGGGGUGGAGUGUAUUUGAGCAGGAAGAGAGUCUGUGGCCAUGCUCUGAUGACAUGCUUACCACAGUUUGUUCAGAACUUGCCCUGCUCUACACAAUGAUUCUUUCCCAUGGCCAUUUCCACUUCAUCCAUGGCUGUUUCUGGCUUAUUAAGGAAUGUCUAAGAUUUCUGAUGUCAUCUGCCAGUGACUUCUCUCUGCCGCUAACCAAUGAAACAUACUGAAAACAACUCUUCAGUUACUUCUGAUAUGGGUAAGUAGAAGAUGCUGGAAGAUGAUGCAAGAAUCCUUAAACACAUUUUUCAAUCAUCAGAUCCAGAAAUCACCAUUUCACUUUUUUCCAUUUUCAGCAAAAAAAGUCCAUAAAAGGUUUCCAGUCUUUUAAAAAAAGUACUUAUUGUUUAUCCCUGACUAGGCAGGUCAGUUUUGCUAUUUCUGCUUAUUCUGCUACCUUUACAAUCUAUUCCUCCACUGUGGGUAUUUCAGUGUUUGUUGUGCAUAUAGUAAUCUUGCCGCAGUUAACUUACAUAAAAUGUCUUCUAUAAGUUUUUUCUAAUUGAUUGUCCAUAAGUCCCAGUAAAAGCAGCUCUGGUUUCAUCUUCAUAUUAAUCUUUAAAAUUCUUUGCAUCAUGAUAUAUACUUGUAUCCAUUUUUUUUUUUUUUGCCUUUUCACAAGUCCACCAUAAAAUGUCUCCUCAUGUUUUUCACAUUUCCAGCAUUGACCAGAUGCACCUUUAUAUGUCUUAGAUAAUUUCUCUGGUGUCAUAUCUUGGCAAGAUUUUUCAGAAGUGGCUUGCCACUGCCUCCUUCCUAGGGCUCAGAGAGAGUGACUGGCCCAAGAUCACCCAGCUGGCUUCCUCUGGAAGGCAGAACUAGAACUCCCAGUCUCCCAGGUUUUAGCCUGGUGCCUUUAACCACUACUCCAGACUGGCUCCACCUUUGACUCAAUAAAUGGUUGAUUACUGUAUGAACCCUCCACUAAAGUAUACACUCAAUAUACAUUCAUUAAUAACAAUAACAUAAUUGUCUUUAAAUUUUAAGUUUCAGGCUAGGAUUCAGUGGAUGCUGACUUGUACAAGCCUUUCUCUCUCUCACACACACACACAUACACACAUACCUUUCCCAAGCAAAAUCUUCUCAAGAGGAAUCAUAACACUCUGGAACAGAUUUGGGGUGUGUGUGUGCAGGGAAAACAAAAGAAUCUGUCCCACUAAGCAGUAGAAUGAUGCAAUUGGAUUCAACCCAGAGAAUAUUGUUGUAACUAGUUUUAUGCAUCCCAAGUCAUUUGACUGUUUUUUUAAAAUAGAAAACUUGCAUGGCAAACUAUUUGAAAACUCUACCUUAACUGAAGAUGGUCACAAUUGGAUGUGCACUUUGCACCAAGCCAAAAAUGUUGCUUGCUUGGUUUUAACAUGAUGUGCCAUGUGAAUCUAGCCAUUGUUGGUUGUAAAUCAUGGUUUAUGAUUUAGCAUGUUUAUUGAAUAAACCAUGGCUAAUAAAUCACAGCUUGGCACAAUCUCUGCAUCAGUCUAAAUGUGUCCUAAGGUGGUGCAGCGUUUGAUUCCAAAAAAGUUUUUCAGAAUGUGUGGGGGUGAAAUUGUAGCACCUUCUGCAAUUCCUUAAUUUUCCACAUUUUUUCUCAGUAUCACAUAGCUGCCCUCCACACAGUUCCUUUAAACAUAAGCUAUUUUAUGCCACAUUAGUUUUCAUGGUAGAUUUAAGGAUGAUCUUCAUACCUUAACUGAACUAAAAUAGGACUUAGCUUUAGGUUUUUGUCUGCAUGAAACAUGCACAGUUUUGAUUGCACUACUUUUUCUGAGUAAAUGUACAAAAGUAAUAAUGACAAAAAGCACAUUUUCUUUUGUCCUUGAAGAGAUGUUUUCAAGGUCUAAGAAAUAUGCUGUCUUUCAAUAUUAAUUCACUGACAAAAACCACAGCAUGAGAUUUUUGCUUCUAGUCCAUUCUUAGCUUUUUCUCUGAUGUGUGUAGUGUCUUAGAUAUUAUCAGGCUUCUGUAUCUUUUGUUACAUUUCUUUAAAUCUUCCACCCCAUUUUUAAAAAAAAUCACAUCUCUAGCUUUUCCAAAAAAAGUCUUUUUGAUAAAACGCAGCAACUUUUUUUUUAGUUUUUGAGUUUCUAUGCAUAAGACGUAUGCAAUAUUUUAGCAUUUUCUGCAAUGAAACACAUUUAGAAUAUUAGACAAAAGUAUUAUUUUGGACAUGUAUUAAUAUUUUGAAACAUUUUCAAUUGCUGAUAGUAGCAGGAAUGCUAAAAAAUAAAAUAAAUUACAUAGCAUGUCUUGUGUGCCUUUUAUGCCUGUGCUAGACUGCCCUUUUUUUUAUAGCUCUAGAGUCCUAGAUUGCAUGUCAAGCUUCAGAAGCACAAUUUUUCAGAAUGUUUAAUAGAAUUGUGGCAUGAAAUAUGUGUCCUAAGCUUCCAGACGUCCUACUGCAGGUCACUUUCUUAUACCUCCUAUUUCCAAACGUUAAAGCAGAAAAGCGCAUGGAUACUGGCCCUGCUCCCUCCAGUGACAAUACCAUGCUACUCCAUGUCCCCUGCUGGACUUACUGUCUAAAGCUGCUGCCCUGGCUUUAUGUUGUCAUGUUUGUGUCCUUAAACAGUGUGCUAUUUUUUGUAUGAUUUUUGAAGUGCUGCAUUGAUAUACCUGGGCAUUAAAGAGACUAAGUUUCUUUGCACUAUGAAAAACUUCCUCUGUGUGAUGUGCCUUGACAUUUUCUUUAAGAUCAGCAUAGAGAUGGAGUUACUUUCCUGCCAGUUCCUCUUGAAACAUCCAGGUAGAAUGAUGGUUUUGUGAUGGGGAUUAGUUUUUCUUAGUAGGUAUAAGCUAUCAUCAUAACCCCGUUCGUGUGAGUUGGCCUCAGACUGUUAUAGCCUAAUACAAAUGUAACUGACUCUUUGCAGACACUGAGUUAGAAAACUAAGAAUAUACUCCCCCUUGCCCUUUUUUUCCCACUGAGCACUAACUAUGGUUUUGCACCAUUAGUACACCAGAGCAGAAGGUGAGUUAAUGCAAAUUAUAUAGUUUGCUAUCUGACUUCAGCCUCUGGUUUACAAGGUAACUACUGGUGCAUGUGUAAUGUUCAACCAUAGGGAAAUCCAGGAAAGCAAUGGAAGUGUAGGUUGUUCUGAAAAAGAGAGCACAUGCUCCUGAUUUUCAGGUCAUGCUUUCCAUGAAGGUAGUAUAGCAUCUGGGCUGAGCAUCUAGACUCUGCUAAACAAGUGGAAGGUUAGAGCUCAUAUUAUAUUUUUGAAAGCAAUACAAUGCAUUGCUCCAGAUUUUUUAAAGGUAGCAUGAAUAAUUUUUAAUAAGGAAGAGUAAACAAGUGUUUAUGUAUGUUUACUAUUAUAUACUUAAGAAGCCACUGCGUGGACAGGCUGCUUAGGGUGCAGAUUGGACAACCUUUUCACAAGUAAAAAUACACAAAUCUCUCUAUAAGCCCAGAUCACAUUGACAAACAUGUUAAUGUUGAAAUCUGACUUGACACAGGUUUCUUUGAAAUCAGCUUGAGAAUUAAUUUUACACUUUACCUAUUAAUAUAAUAAAAACAUUGAUGUAUCUUGUUUACAUGCUUCCUUCAUUUUGCACUUGUAUAUAUAAGAGAAGCUUUGUCAUAGUUUGAUUAGAAUAUUACAAAACUCUUGGCUGGCAUUUAAAAUCCUAGAUGAAAACUGUGUGCUUUUUAGGGUUGAGAUUUAGUCUUCAGCACAUAACUGGAUUGUGUGCUUUGUAAUUCUUGUAUAUUUGUUAAUGCCUAUUUAACACCCCCCCUUCCUGCUGCCAAAUAGAUUCAGGAGUAGCAAGUACUUCUGUAAGAUAUUAAUAGAUAAAUUGAAAUUUCCCUUUAAGUUUCAAUAAAAAUAACUGUUUUAAAGUUAUGAGAAGUUGCUAGUUUUUAGUGCAGAAAUAUGGGAAAUAAGAAUUAUACUAGCCGUUAACAAUUGUGUUGGGUCUAUGCACUCAAAAUCCAGUGUGUCUCUGCCUGAAAUUGCAGUCUCUGCAUUCCAGUGAUACAGUUCUGGCAGGUGAGCUCUCUGUCUUGGUCCUAUAAACAUGAUGUCCAGUUUAUGGACCUUAGUGUGGAUGAAGUCUAAGGAUAGGAAUACUGGCUAUUGCCAUUAAAUUGAGUGGGCUUUACACCAGCCAUCUCCAAGUUGGCACCCAUUCAGUGUGCCUGACAGGCAUGCUCACUGAGGGUUGAUGGAAAUUGAAGUUCAAGACAACAGGUGAUUAGUAAGUUGGGGAAAGCUAAGUUAUACAGUUUCUGGAUCUACACUAAGUGUACGCUUAGUGCCAUUCGGUUCCAUGGGAACAAAUUAUUGUGAUGAUAAUGUUCUUUUAAUAAGUCAAUCACAUUAGGCUGGUGAUUUUUGAUGCGUUUGCCUGACAGUUUGUUAUGAUUUUGAGGCAGUUGUAGGUCUGAUGCCGCUAAGUGAGGCUUUUCUUUUCCUAGACUGUUUCCUCACUUGAAAUGGCCUACUAAGCUGCAGUUUGCUUUAAUGGAGAAAAGAAAUGGGUGUCUGCGGUUGUUGCCCACUGCAAAUUAUCAUGAACUUUGGGAGGUGAUUUCUGAGUAUGGGAAAUGAACCCCGUAGCCUAAAUGGGACAGCAUCAGCUUGACUUUCAGUAACUUGUCUUGGUUAGGUUGUGACCUUUUUAGACUGGAAUAACUACUGCAUUUUUUGUGAGUUUGGUUGUCUGUAGUUUUGCAUCAGAUGGAAAUCCCUUCUUUUCAUUGAACAUGAAAGCCCAACUUAAUGUCAUUUGGCAAGCAGCUUUGAUAUUUACAGGGUUAUGACUGUUGAUUGUAAACUUCCAUGUUAGUGUUUUCAUUGCUUUCUGAAUUUGAUAGUAAAAUUCUAUUUUUUGAUUGGCAUCUUAAGGAUGCUUUUCAAAGCUGUAAGUGUAGCAUUUGACUUGCCUGAAGAUUCAGAAUCUGCAGCAUUUGUAGAUAUUGAAUAAAUAUUUCUAACUAGAAGGUUUAUAUUUUCCGAAGAUAAUUUAUAAGGAGAGUUUUAUAUGCAGUUGCAGAAAUUUUGAUGGAGAUGUUAAGUUAAAUAUUCAUCAAUAAUCUGAUUUAAAAACCAAGAGUCUAUUUUUGGGGAUUCCCCCACUAGACUUGUAAAAGGUGUAUCUACAAUAUUUUUUAUUUCAGGUAACAUUUCAGCUAACAAGUCUAGUAUAUGCAAUAAUAUACAAAUAUUGCUUCCAUGCAGGAAAUCUGUAGCACCCAUGCAUAUGCAGUUGCAUAAAGUAGAUAUAAAGUAGACACAUACACUUAAACCCUCUAUAUGCGAAGAUGGUUGGAAACCCUGUUUGGUGAACAUUGGUGUGUAAACAUAUUGUGCAUCCACUGAGCAUUUACACUCUGACCAAUACACAAGUCUUUCGCUAUUUCAAGCAGAGAAGUGGAAUCUGAUAUGUAUAAAACUGGUCUUUUUUCAAGAAGGAAAAUGUUUUGUGGAAUGGAUGUUUUAAGUGCAUGUUGUUUUUUGCAUGUUUCUACAGAUAUGAAUAGCUGCUUAACUUUGAAUUUCUAUCUAUAUAUAAAUUUAUUACAAGCUGUCCUCUUAGUGAUUCUGGCCAAAUGAGGUCUGCUUUAUCUCUCUAUUCUCUGCAUGAAUAGAGAGAUAAAGAGUAAGGAUGAUGACCUUGAUGGAGAUGCCUAGGCAAAAGGGGCUAAAGCAUUUUUUAAGUCCAGAACAUUUAGAUAAGGUUUGGAAGACAGACACCUCCCUAAUUCACUCAACUAUAAGAAGGAAGGGGAGGUACAGCUCCAUCAGACUUGCAAGAUUCUGUUGUUGUUAUAGCCAAUCUCCCUUUAAAAUGGUAGUUGUAGCUCUUCCUCUGGAGUUAUUUCAUAGUCUGGUCCACUUAGUGGGGCUGACAUGAGAACAUAUCCCAGGAGAUCUCUUAAAAGCAUUGCAGAGUGAUCAGUUGUGGUAGAGAAGCAAGUCUUCAGAGAUGUUUGCCAUUUUAUAUUGACUGAUUCCUCACCUUGGCAUAUGCAGACACCUUCUUUGGGAAUUUGAGGCUCUUUGCCCCAUCUGAUUUUUUUUUCCUGUAGAUGUUUAUUGUUUAAAUACAAAGCCAUCAGGGGUGCAAAACAGAGCGAUUUAUCUCCAGUAUAUGGCAGAUUUAAGGUAUCACUAGUUUAUGUGAUUCUGGAAGUGUGUUAUCAAGCACAGGAAGUGGUUUAUCCGAUUGGUCCUUUUGGGAGGCAGACAUUCUGUGGAUGAACUGUUUUGUUUUGUGCAUAACUAGAAGUGAGCAUGCUGCAAAGCAUCAUCCUCAAAAUUCAUAUGGGCCCACAUAAAAUUCAAAUAUGUUUUUAAAAAGCAAAAUUAGUAACUGCAGCCUGUGCUGUUUGGAAAAGUGCUCACUUUUCUUAGUUUAUCUUCCUGGGAUAUAUGCAUUCAUUUCAAAAGCUGGCAUGGUCUUAUCUGUAGAAAUAAGGAACAAGCAUGAUGCAAGUGCAUCAGAUGUGUAAAUUCUUAUAUACCAAAUUGGCAAGCUUAAACAUUUGUUCAAGAGAUUAAUGAGAAUCCUAACUUGCUGUAUAACAAAACAAAAAUGUAAAGCAGUCACAAAAAUAAUGCUGUUCACUACUUUGUAACUAACAUAAAAGGUCUCUAAAGACCUUUCUAUUACAUAAAGAUGAAAGAAAAAUUAUAUUUGCUAUAGAUAAGAAAAAAGAGUCACUUUUGUCUCUUUCGUCCCAAAAUAUGCAUCUUGCAUGGAACAAACUGUGCAAUAGUUUGUUAGUAGCGAUUAAAAAAUUAGUUAAUUUUGUUGUAGGUAGCUUACAUUAUUAUUUCAACAGGACAGCUAUAAUCCUACUUUCAAAGCUCUCUUUUGCUGUUCAGUGACUGAAAUAAAGAAACUACAGUAUAAGCCUGUUAGGGUUAGUCUUUUAUAUACUGCUAGAGGUCUCUGGAAGGUAUUUCAGAACAAAGAACCAUCUUACACUGAAGUUUUAGGGAAAAAAAACUUUGAGCAUUUAUGUUUCUGAAUCUUUGAUCCAAAGAUACUUUUUCCAAGAAAAUUAGGAAAACUGUAUGGGAUAAAUGUGACAGGCUCUGAUGGUUCAGUCUCUCAGAAAGAUUGCAUUUCCUGAUGAAACAGGCAAUGUGACACUGACAGCCUCUUUUCGUUCCUUUGCUUUUGCAUAAUUCCGUGUUUUUCCUAGUUUGCCAAGAUUGAGCUUAAAAAAAAACACUUUGAUUGCUGUAUUGGUAAUCAAGUAAAGCUCUACUUUCCAUAUUGCCUGAAGAUUCAGUUGUACGUUUUGUACAGCACUUUAACUAUCUUGACUCAAAGACUCUUCAGAACGAACAAGCCGAUAGUUUUCUCCUGGAGAUCUCUAAGCCCCUCCUUGUGCAAGUAUGAUUCCCUGGCUUUGAAAAGAAAUUGCUUGUAAGCUAUUUCAGAAAGGAAGACGACUGGGAAACCAGUUCGGGGGAUGUGAUUGCCAUUUGGAGAAGAGAAGAAUUAGGUCACGGGUGUCACAUCUGAAUAUACCCUAUACACAACUGCUCACUGCUGCGCUAUUCUUGACCAACUGGAACAUUUUCUCUCUGUGUGUGUGCCCCUGUGGUUGACACGCUGAUUCUCAUGUGGAUGGAGUGUGCUUUCCUCAUUCAAAAUGAGAGGCAAGAAGGUUCCAGAGGAGGAUUGGGUUUUGCAGUAGUCAGUUAAAUGCACUUUCUCCUAAUGUUGCUGAUUGGACUUGGCACCCAUUAAAAUUGCUGUGCAGUUUGAAUCUUCCUGCAGAAGCUGCUUUUUCUCCAUCCUGCUGUUUUGGUUUAGAAGAGAGGUUGUGAUAGGCCUUUUCUGAUGCUAGCAUUGAAUUAGUGACCCAAUCCCCUGACCCCAAAGGGUGGCAGUGUGAAGCAUUUGUGUGUUCACUGCCAAAAGGAUGGCCCAGAAGGGAGUCUUGCCUUUGAAAAAUAUGGAGGUGAUGCAUUGCACUGGAUUGGAUUAAAUAAACUGAGCAAGAUUUUGUGGCAAAGGCCUACUUCUAACAUACAAGUCACCAGGAGUAGUUUGCCUUUUGUGCUGUGCUUGCUUUUAUGCAGUAUAUGUGCUUAACAACUUGCUCCAGAAUAAUAGUAAAAUUCCAAUAAUUAGGAGAGUGGCCCCAUCGUGUGCUUAAACAAGCUAGCAAUGCACAUCAACUUGUUUACUUGUUUCUUCUGUAUUAGUUUGUUGUGUGUCUAGUUUUCUGCUUAAUCUGCCUUGCAAACUCCUUUUCUUGUCUUUGAAGUAGCAGUCCUGAAAUUCAAUGACUGUAAACAUUAUUUAUAUGGUAUGCUUUUUUCGUUUGGAUAUUUAAAUACGUUUGUCUUCACAUUAUAAUCUUAAGAGAUCUGUAUAUAUUUUUGCUAUGUAUUUAUGUUUGUUGCAUUUUGACUGUAUAUUUUGCACUGAUUUAAAAUAUUCUGUAUCAAGUACAUUGUGACUACUGGAUAUGAUUAGAAUUUUCUGUUAAAAAUAUAACAGUUAAAUUUCUGUUGUACCCUA